AUGCUCACAGGUAUAUGAAUUUAUUAUCUAUAAGAAAUGACGAUCAUAUCUUGUUCCUAAAAAUUAAUUAUGAUAUGAUCUCAAUGGCAACACACUCAAAUCAAAAAGUACAAGUUAUAUGUAUGUGAAGUUUUUAAUACAAAUGGAUAGAUCAAUAGAGUUUUUCACAAAUGUUCAUUGAAAGCGUUUAUUAAUAUUUAACUGAAAUUAACGUCAUAUCAAAUGUCUUCAGAUUAAUCCUUAUCUUUAAUACAAAGUAACAAUAAUAAAUUUAAUUGAAAAUAGCAAUAUGCAAAUGUAAUUGUGUGCAAGUUUAAAAAUUCUGAAUUUGUAAUAAUUUAAAUAUAUUGUACAUCGUAUUUAUAUAUGAUUUUCAUUAAUUGUAACAUUUAUAUAAAUAAAGAUUUUUUCAUGUGAAACCCACGAUGCUUCCCAUAAGAUAAUCUUUGUAAUUUAGAACUUAAAAUGCCUGAGAACUUUAAAUUCACUUUCAUUUCGUGUUACAGAUUACGCAAAGUCAAGUAUGUUCCAUACUUUGGAUAUUUUCGAUACAGAAUUUUGUGCCGAUUCGGUUGAAUGGUGCCCGAUAGAUUUCUCCAGAGAUAUAUUUGUUUGUGGAACGUAUCAAUUAAUGAAAGAAAAUUUAACGUCAAACGUUUCGUCAAAACGUUUAGGAAGAAUUUAUUUAUUUCAAACUGUACGAAACGGACGUUUAGUGUUGCUGCAAGUAUUAGAAGUACCUGCUGUAUUGGACAUGAAAUGGGCGCCUGUUACAUUUCAAAAUAAAAUCUUGCUCGGUGUUGCAAACUCUUUAGGGUACUUACAAAUUUAUCAACUUAAGAAUGACGAUGAAAACAAAAGCUUGGACUUAUUAAUACAAAAGAGAAUUGCUGAUAAAGAUGAGGUACUUGCAUUAUCUUUAGAUUGGUGCACCGGAAGAUUGGUCAAUGAAAUUAAUUUAAAAAUAGUGGUUAGCGAUUCGAAAGGUUUCGUAUCAUUGUUCGAAUUAAAUGAAAAUGAACUUAAUAAAAUUAAUUCAUGGUCUGCGCAUGGAUUCGAAGCGUGGAUCGCAGCUUUUGACUAUUGGGACACAAAUAUGAUAUACAGCGGUGGUGAUGACUGUAAAUUUCAAUGUAUCGAUACGAGAGUCGGAAUUUGUGCUUCAAAUAAAGUUCAUGGCGCAGGUGUUACCAGUAUUCAUAGUAACGCAACGAGAGAAUUUUUAGUAUCAUCUGGAAGUUACGAUGAAAUAUUGAGAUUAUGGGACACGAGAAAGUUGAGACAGCCAAUUUCAGACAUUAAUCUCGGUGGCGGUGUUUGGCGUUUGAAAUGGGAUCCCUUCGAACGUAAACAUUUGUUAGCAGCUUGCAUGUAUGGUGGAUUUAGAAUCGUCGAUUGCGAAAAUACAGGAAUACCGUCUGUUGUUGACGAAUAUAACGAACACGAAAGUAUAGCAUAUGGGUGCGAUUGGUGUUUUUUGAAUAGCAAAGAAAUAUCAGAACAAAUACUUGAGAAAGAAACGCAGAAUGCAUUUUUAAUAACUACUUGUUCCUUCUACGACCACGUUCUAAAAUUAUCCGCGUUACAUUUAAAGAGUAACUGAAGAAUUUUCAAUAAAAAAAAGGAAUAAAAUUUUAUAUAUCUAUAAAAGGUAAUUUUUCAUUGCAAUUGUAAUAAAUUCUUUCUUUUAUUCUUUUCUAUACACCUGUAUCAAUGUUUGUGCAUACACCAAUCAUUUUCCAGUGCAUUAUUUGUCACAUACAGCUAAGAAAAGAAUGAAAUAAUUCCUUUAUUUAUAGAUCUCGUUGGAAUUAAUUUGUCCUUUUUAAUCUUUAAUUUAAUAUUUUAGCUAAAAUACAUAGUUAA